AUGUCGAGAGCUCACGGUAAAUUUCACCCCCAGGAAUACUUGCACUUCGCUUUGUUAACUUGCAAAAUUUCUAUUGACAGUGUAUUGACACCAUGGACUUCACAUCUCCCUGCGAACGUGGCCUCGGUAUCGAGUAUCGCACAUUUCUUCGAGGAUCUCCGCCUCCCUGUCGAUGCCGACAAUUUCACUGGCCUCAAUGGAGAAACUUAUUUGCUUCCAUAUUACUUGCCCCAAAAGCCCCCAUUCACCAAGCCGCUGAGUUCACAGGUCCUUAUUCUUGAUGCAGAUACCCGACCGUUGGAUGAACCCGGAGGUAUCUUGAACAAGACAUGGGAGAGUUUGACACCUCGAUGGGAAUCAAUGGACUGGCAUACAUAUGGACGACUCAAUCAUUACUUGUGGGCUAAGAUUCACGGCUACGACUACAAAUUAGUCACUGCAGAAGACAAGCCUUAUAUACAUGGAACCUGGUGCAAAGUACCCGCCAUGAGACAAGCCAUAGAGCACUAUAAGUUUGUCGUCUUCCUCGACGCGGACAUAGUCCUCCCCCAUCUCCACGUCCCGCUGGAAUGGCUUUUGAACUACUGGAAUAUCAACUCAGAGACUCUCAUCGCCAUGGCAAAGGACCCGGCAACUGAUAUCAACAAUGACGAUAGAGGCCAGGUAUUUCUGAACACGGGAUUCGUGAUUGCGCAACAGAGCUCGCGUACCAAAGAAAUGUUCGAGGCCUGGGAUAACUGUCUUAAUGGGACCCGGUAUCCGGAGUGUACUCAAUGGAGGGACAAAUGGCCACAUGAACAGGCAGCUUUUGGGACAUAUCUUCGGUAUGACUUUAACCGGCCUGAGGAUGUAAAGGCUUUACCUUGUGCAGAGGCGAAUGGGUCUCCUGAGGUGGCGGAUACGGGAUGCUCAGGCAGACUCGUGCGGCAUUACUGGAAUGAUAAACAUUUGGUGUCGUCCAAAGUGCAGGAGGGUAUCUUACGAUAUAUCAUGCCGUCUCUGCAUGACCAGUUCUUGCAGGAUUACGCGAAAGUUGAGUUGAGAUGGAGGAAUCCAUUGGAAGAGCAUGACUAA